ACUAACAAACGAUGACCGUACGCCGUUACAGAUAGUCAGACAGACAAUAAGCUGACAAAUAGACAAAAGUGCAAAGAAAAAGCAAAUAAUCGGGAAUUGUGAAAAAAAAAUACGAAAGCAAAAAAUCGAUACUCGUGCCGGCAAAAGAGCAAGAAAAUUGUGAUAAAAAUUCAAAUAUUCUCCGCUUUGGCUAUAAAUUUAUUAACAAUUUAUUUAUGACAACAUACAAAGCAAACGAAUUCAAAUAACAACAACAGCGAGCGAAGCUGAAAAAUAAAAAUUAAAGAGAAAAAUAUUGAUCGGAUAAAAAAGUCCUUACGGAAAUUGCUGUGACCAGGACAAAGGCGUAAAAAAUUGAAUAUAAAUAUUUUUAUUUAUUUGCAAAAUAAAAAAACACUCACACGUACACAAAAUCCGUUGACUGGAAAAUUCAGUCAAAUUAACAAAAAAAGCGAAAAAAUAUAUAUUUAACAAAAUCCUCUCAGCAAAAAAAAAUAAAAUGAAAUUUAAACAAAAAAUCGGGACAAACCACAAAUACAGCUGCCGGCCAGCAGCAGUAGCGGCAGGACAAGAUCCAUGGAUUUUUUAUACCCUCCUCACAGUAAUCAUGAUUUUUAUGAAUGCCGUAGUUUCCGUUAAUACAUCAGCAGUGCCAACCCCGGCAAUGGUCAAGGAAGAGCCAUGGAGAUUUGGAGUUGCAGCAACAACGACCAUGUUGGCAACACUUGACAACAAUACCCGCCGAAAUCCCAUAAUAGCCGAACAAUCAUCGAAAACAUCGGCACCACAGAAACAACAACCCGUAACUUCAAUAUUCAGCCAUAAGGACCAUGGUGGCAAGGACGUUGUUGCCACUACCAUCUCCGCCGCCACCACCGGCAGCAGUGGCACCACCACAUCCUUCACCAUGUCCCUCCAAAAAACAAAUAACAUAACUCACCCGGCCAUUGAUAUCGACGGCACCAGCAGCAGUGCUGUGCAGCCCCUCAGCCAAGCCGAGGUGGGCAAUUGUAAAUCCUUAACCAGCACAUGGGGAGAUGUUGAUCCAAAUAUAUACUACCUCUGCGAUAUGGAACGAAAACAACCCAUACGCCUGCACUGUCCCGAUGGUCGGGGCUAUUUCAAUGGCCUAGGCUAUGCUGGCUGUAUACCCUACGAACAGUGGCCAGCCUGCGUGGCCCAGCAGGCCAGGGAACAGGUGCACACCUGCGAUAGCGACCAUAUGCAACAGCCCUGGGAGGCAAUGAAUCCGAAUAAGUUUUAUAUCUGCCUACAAGAGGCCAUGGAGCCGAUGCUGCUUAAUUGUGGCCAAGGUAAAGGUUUCGUGCAUGUCCAUGUAUCCGGCGGUCGUCGUGAUGAUGACGAUUAUGCGGCACCAGAUGUUGGCGAUGGUGAAAUUGUUGGCUGUGCUAAUUGGGAAAAAUGGCGUAGAUAUAUGCAAUGUACCGACUAUUAUUAAAAGGCAAAAAACAAAGAAAACAAAAGCAAAUAACUAAAGCACCGUGGAAUGGCAUAAAAUAAGACAAUAAAUACCAUGAAACGCAUCCUCCAACCAACACAUCCUGCAGCAACAAAGAAAUGUAAAUGGUUACCAUAAAAGGUAAUAAAAAGCAAAGGGGGCAAACCACUACUUUCCCUUGGAAAACUCUCAAAGAGAGGGAGAACGAUGUGCAUAUUAUAUCCCAGGAGCAUUAAUGUAUGUUUAUAGCCAUUUAUUUCUGGUAGGCCGUAGGUUGUAAUGGCCAGCAAAAGUAAUAUUGCAUUGCAGUUCAUAAUGCGAAAAUGGCUUUGAAAUAAAAGCCAAGGGGGAGAGAAAGAGCUAUGUUAAUGCAACUCUUGAAAAAUGAAAAUAAAGGAUUUUGUAACAAGGGAAAAUAAAACAUUUGUAG